AUGAUAGUAGCAUUGAAAAUAAUUGCUGCUACACCACAUCCGAUGAAUAUUGCACCAAAAAUAUGCGCACCUUGUGUUGGCGGCAUCCAUGUAUUAAUCGAUGAUGAUGAUGAUGAUGAUGAUAAUGACAAUGAUGAUGCCCUAAAAAAUAUCUGA